CGGAAAGCGCUCGUCGUCACGGCGGGCUCGCGUUACGGCUCUCGGUGAGGCGGAGGCGGAGCCGGAGCCGGAGCCGCGCGGGGUGUGAUGUCUAAAAGGGGGAUCGAUCUCCACAUUAAGUGAAAAUGGCCAAUCCUUUAAGAGGAGAAGUUCUGAAUCUGUAUAAGAAUCUGCUGUUUCUUGGCCGGGACUACCCGAAAGGAGCAGACUAUUUUAAAAGGCGUUUGAAGAACGUUUUUCUUAAAAACAAAGACGUGAAAGAUCCAGAGAAGAUCAAAGAACUUAUUAAGCGAGGCGAAUUUGUAAUGAAAGAGCUAGAAGCCUUAUACUUCCUUAGGAAAUACAGGGCCAUGAAACAACGCUAUUAUCCAGAUACCAGCACUAACUGAUCAUGACACUAUCAAUUGGCUGAAAAAUCAAUGCAACUCUGUGUGUGUACCAGGUAUUAUAAAGUUACUCUACCUUAAAAUGGCCACAUAGACAUCAUUUAUGUCAGGACCUGAGCUGACCGAUUGGAGUACAAUUAAUAGAAUUCAAUCGUAAUGACACUGUGAGCUAUAUCCACAAGCCUUUAUGUUCAGUUUUAUUACCAACAUUUUAUUAUUACCAAUAUUAUAAAUAAAAAAUUAUUAAACGUUAUCAGGUAAUAUCAUUAAAGGACAAUUUAGUGAUAUUACCAGUUCAUGAAUUGAGUACCCAAUUUGGAAACAAAAUAUAAUAGACUUAAGUUUCCUAACUUAAACGUUUUAGCCAAUCAUGCUUGGCCAAUUUCUCCAUUUUACCGUCAAAGCGCUUGCUUACGUCCCCUGGCUGGUGCACGCAAGCGCACCUUCCAGGUUCCCGACCCACCAGCAGCUCCGCAGGGUGUGUCCAGCCCAGCGCAGAGCUGUGUGAGGGAGGACGCCACAACGGCACAACACAGCUAUUUGUAAUCUGGCUGCAGGAUCCCGACAAGCCAUCAGGAAUGUUGUAAAAGCUCCUGAGUGAGUUAGUGCGACAAGGCCCACCCCUGCAUUGAAGUUUAAGCAAGUACUUUAACAGUCUGAAGACCGUACAGAGGACGCUUCUGAUUUCAAAGCUGAAUAAUAAAGAUCUCACUGGUAUCCUU